AUGGGGAAACUUUUAUCGAAGAUCCAUGGCAAGAAGGAGAUGCGGAUAUUGAUGCUGGGCUUGGAUGCAGCCGGAAAGACAACGAUUCUUUAUAAGCUAAAGCUUGGUCAAUCGGUGACUACCAUUCCGACCGUCGGCUUUAAUGUUGAGACGGUGACGCAUAAAAAGAUCAAGUUUAAUGUUUGGGACGUGGGUGGCCAAGAUAAAAUUAGACCACUGUGGAGACACUACUACACUGGCACACAAGCAUUGAUUUUUGUAGUCGACUCCUCCGAUAGAGACAGGAUUGAUGAAGCGCGACAAGAGCUUCAUCGGAUAAUCAACGAUCGUGAGAUGAAGACGGCUAUCAUACUCGUAUUCGCGAACAAACAGGAUUUGGCAGAAUCAAUGCGACCACACGAAAUACAAGACCGAUUGGGUUUGAAUCGGAUCCGAGAUAGGAAUUGGAUUGUCCAACCAUCAUGCGCGGCCAGUGGAGAAGGACUACACGAAGGUCUCACAUGGUUAUCAGAUAACUACAAGCCA